AUGAGCAAGGAGACUUUGAACGGUAUGUGGAAUAAAUGCAUUCUAGCCUCAGAUUGGAAAGAAAAGCAAGUGAAGGCAAACAACCAAUGGGAAGAAGGCAACUGGUCCGAAGGUCAUUCCGCAGUGUAAGCGAUAGAACUCCAUCCAACAUAAUGGUCAGAAGGACACGAGAGUCAAGCAGCGGCAAGCGGAACGCCACAACGCAAGCCGGGUAAGACUUUUAUGCGAAAAACUGGUCUGGGCGGAAGAGAAAAUCCGCAAAUAAUGAGGCAGUCAAGAGCUACCUCUUUUUAUGAAAGUUGAUGUAGGGAAAGCCUCAUUGUCAUCUCUACCGGUGCCCAGGAUAGUUCCUCCACAAUGAAUCUGGUACAGGUAAUACAGCACGCAUGAAAAUUUAGAAGCAUAAUGAGAACGUAAUCAUGGCUACUGCAAUCAUGCCAGUAGGUACAAUUGCGGAUUAUGUGGGCACGGUUGCCAACUACCUCUUCUAAUGAAAUUUAGCAUAGGGUAAGCCUCCUUGUCAUCGUUACCGGUGCAAAUCUGCCAGGAUAGUACCUUUAAAAUGAAUCAGAUACAGGUAAUACAGCGUGCGCGUGAAUUUAGAAGCACAAUGAGAACGCAAUCACAGCUAUUGAAAUCAACCAAGUAGGCACCAUUGUGGAGUCUGUGGGCACGGCUACCAACUAUCAUCUUACCUGCAUGCCACAUAUGUAGUCAUUUUUAACCGAGUACAGUUUCCAAAGGAGAUUGAAAUGCAGUCAGCUCCAAAGCCGACAUCCUGCCGAGUCGGAAAUGUUAUAAGAUUAAGUCGGAAGAUAAUAAGUAUUACCACCGCGCCCAAGUUAUCCUCCCUAGUCGAAAACGCAUUUCAGGAUUUUAGCCAGCAUUUUAUGAGAUCGGUCACUCAGUGUACUCGUCAAAAUAAGGCACUCCUGCAAAUUGCUGGGAAUAUUGAACAGGAUAGUGGCCAGAGGUGAUGACGAUGUUUAAGGCCCGGUAGUCACCGCAACGAGGCUGCCAAGCAGGUACCACCAGGCACCAGACACCGCCUCUUCUCCACAUAUCUUACUGGGUGAUACAUAUCCAUCCGGAGACUUACUGGGCCAUGCCACCCUAUCUUUCGUGCAUAAACAAUCGUAGUUAUUGACACCAUGACAGGGCUUCCAGCAAACAAAUUCUCCUAAACUCUACCACAUAAAACAACUGAUCAAUUGGUCUGCAUGCCGAUACAAUGCGAAUUUCAUAAAGUUCGUCUAAGGUCAUUCCCAGAGAAGGAUAUGUCUACAACAUACAGAAAAAAAUUAAGUAUACACUGCUAGCAAACACAAUAAUUUGAAGUUAGUUUGAAAGAAAUAAGUGGCGGAAAAAAUGCCAAAACAACGUGCUUCAGAUAAAAAAACCUACGCAUGAUUUUCGGCCACCGCAAGCAGGGUUUCCAGAGAACAGUGAACAAGUGCGAACAUACUUUCUAUGUCUGGGGGAAUUUUGUCAAUAUUAUAUCAACACCCACACCCAGUAAUACCAGGUCGUGAACUACACACUCUAUGUGAGUGGGAGAUAUUACGGACGGGUUAUUUCCGAUUACUGCGAAACCUAGAUAUAAUGAAUCAUUGAACGCAAGUUCACGUGUGCUCAUCCCACUCGCAAGACAAAUAAGCGUGUUUCUGCUUCGUGCCAGCAUGGCCUUGAAACACCACGCAUUUGUACAUGCCUUCCAUAAAGUGCCCCUAGAAAACUGGAUAAAUAGCCAAAUGCACUCACCGAUUUACAGCGAUCAGCAAAAGGGAGCAACAGGUGUUGAACAACUCAGCAUCCCCAGUAAGCAUUCAGGAACAUCCUCGCUAAGUGUCUAACAGUGUAGUAUGUGUGGGAAGCAUUUAAAUUACUCUUUUUAUGUUUGCUUCCAUUUAUUUCUAAAGCCGGUCUUGACUAAUAUGUCGUGGUGUAACAAGCUGACCCAUAAAUGCAAGCUUCCCUAUUCAAAAGGUUAUUUUCUAUUGUCGCGUAAAUUUCAGGCCAACAUGAGCAACCGUGAGAGCAGCAGUUUGCCGCCAAAACAGAGGAUUGUAUGCACCCCUAAAAUGUGCAUCAGUUGUGAAGUUAUCAAUGCCCUUCUCUUUAUCUGCGCAAUCGUUUCUAUCGCCGUGGGAACUUACAAUCUGCGUGUGCUGAACAUAAACUCCAAAGACUGUUCCAGUGGAGAUCGAAAAGUCUGUGAAGACAAAAGGUGGUCAUGUUGGAAGACUUAGUCAUGCAAAUCAUGAUUUUUACGGCUGUCCUACUGAGUUUAUUACUUCGAGGCAAAAUUCGUUGAUGUAGUGAUUUUGGCGAUGAUUGAAGCGUUUGCGCCGAUUGUUUCAGAUGACCUGCAUUGCAUAAUUCCCAUUUUAUCAUUCCUUUGCAGUUAUUUAUACGCAGAAGCCUAUGCCAUGAUAGCUAUUGGAUGUAUCCUGCUCGUCUUCUGUGUUACCCUCAUUACUGUCAUGCUAGUCCUCGCCAGGGAGACCUCAAAAUAUGUAAGACGACUCUCCAACCAACCCCCGGUAAGACGUGCAUCUUCUUGCAGCAUGACUGUUUUUGUUAACGUUUGCCAACUGAAUAUUUGCCUAUCGAUAGUACACGAAUGACACUGUUGUCAGUCGCACUUGGCAGGUUAUAUGAAUUCGAACCACUAUCUAAGUAUUAUUGAAGGAUUUCUUUAAAACUGGCUGUUCACCUGCCAAUGCCCCAGAGAUCUCUCCCGUCUCCGUCUAAAAGCAUAGUUUUGCUAAAUUGUACAGUAAAAGGGCAUGUAAUCGCUCGUCAGAAUUCAUGCUUCAAGGCCUGGCCAAACCUGUCACAACAAAGAACGCCUGCUGAAGCAUGUAGCAGAAAAUCUGGCCUAUUUUUACCUAGAAAGUCAUUGAAUGCAUUCUUUGAAUUUCUUGCACGUAUGCUCACACCCUACUUUCUGUUAACUGUCCUCUUUGCCUUCGACAAGGCUUACGGUGAAGUUAUCCACUCUACGAGUUCUUGGGAGGCAAGUGUGGACGACGUUUGGUCCGUAUGA